CACUUUAUUGAUUGUCGUCUGCUCCAAUCUUUGUGACAAGUAAAAGUGUUCUGAUAUUGUAAUUCUGUGUCAUUGUCAUCUGUCAUGUUAUCAGUAUUACCAGUUUUCGUCAUCGGAAUUUCGUAAUAGUUGGCUAGUUGCUUCAGUCACAGUUUCGAGUUCUUUUUCCUGCUCAAAAACAAAGCCAAAUUUAACCUUUCUUUGUGGAUUGGAAAAAUGGACACCAUAAAUGGAAAUAAGUUGAGCAAGUUUCCAUAAGCAAGAAAAUCAAGCUGGGGGCCUGGGGCCAAAGGGAAUUGUUUGCCUAAUAAACAUAAUAGUCAAUUAUUACUAGUCAAACAUGACUGUUUUGCCAACCAGCUAUUGGAUCCUAAUGUUUCCCUGUCUAUUUGUUCUUGCAGGUCAGCUUCUAUUCGUUAAUUCCGACGUCAUCCAGGAAUUCUUACCUCGAGGAGUAAGUGCUUACGGCGAUGGUCUUGAAAAUGGCCAACUUCUUCAUAUUCCUCUAGGUGAUGUAAACCAGUCUUUGUUGUUUACGUAUUUCGCCAAUGUAACUAAAGGGUGUACCUGGACUAAUGUCACAUUAUUUCUACGACACGAUGGGUUACCAAUUGUCAAUGUCUUUAACGCAAGCUAUCCUAAUUUCACUUGGGUUUAUCAACCCAUCGACUACGAAGAAAAUUUCCUCAGUGAUGGCCUACAGCAACGUUUGACAAUUCAUCCUCGCCAACCUUCCUCUUCGGUUAUCUUCGGAGUUGUAUUUUUUUUAGAAGAUGCUGCUCGCAUCCAACAGCAAGGAUUGACCAAGUCAUGCACCACUCUGUUUUGGGGUAGAGUUGAAACUCUACCCAUUAACGUUAGUUCAAUAUCAGUUAGUGAUCGUGUUGACGAGACGGCCGCGAAGCUCGUGAGGAAAAACUAUGUCCAACCGCUCAGUGCUAAAUGGGUUUUAGAUCACAGUAAAGGAGACGAUAACAUAUCGGCGAACACAGAAUCCAUUCUUGAUCUCAAAUCCAGUGAUAUUCCAACUUUUCUAUCAUGGUCAAUUUUAUCUCCUACUGAUAUAGGAGGAACACUGCAAGUCGAUAUUAAAUUCAAUCAGGACGAGCGGAACAGUAGCGUAUUUGGCUAUCUUGCUUUUGGUACGCCAGAAAACCCCAAUAGAACUCAAUUUAGUGCCAAUAGCUCCAAGGUGAUUCCAAAGGCCACUGUCAUUGUUCCUUACCCACUGGCAGGCGUUUGGUAUUUGUCUCUCUUCGCAAACUGCACCGAAUGGAAUGAGUCCGACUGUCAACGGAACAUUUCCGUCAAAGUCCAGAUUUCUUUAUCGCCGUGUAAAGAGGGAGCGUGCGGACCUCAUGGUCGCUGCAUCCAAUACUUUUCUGCCGGACUAAUUUAUUCUGCUUGUGUUUGCUCUAGUGGUUUUGCUGGUUGGAGUUGUAGUGAUGGAUCAAACGCUCUAUCUACUGCAAUACUGCUAACGUCCGUCCUUCUCCUAACGUUGAGCAAUCUCUUUUUCAUUCCAGCAAUCUUUCUAGCGUUUCGGAGAGGUUUCUAUUCACAGUGUUUACUUUAUUUCGUGACAAUGUUUUUCUCUUCGUUUUACCACGCUUGCGAUCAACCGGAGUUCAAUUUUUGUCUAAUGCCAUACACCGUUCUCCAGUUUGGCGAUUUCUACUCGGCUUUAACUUCAGUUUGGCUAACUGCUUUCAUUGUAGCCAAUCCAAGCGUUAGUGAAGAGAUUUCUAGCGCAAUGUGUAUUGGUGGUGCUGUUGGAAUAGCUAUGGCAGUGCAUUACAAUCCAACGUCAUUAGCAUCAUUUACUAUACCAAUCGUUUGCGGCCUUGGUCUCAUUGCUAUCUGCUGGACCCGUCAGAGCUGUCAGAUGCACAAAUGUUACCCUGGAAAGUCCUACUGUUUGAAGGCUGUGCUCCCCUGCCUAUUAUUUUCCAUUGUUGGAUUAGUUUGUUUCGCAUUCCUCGAAACUGAAGACAACUAUUUUUAUGUUCACAGCAUCUGGCACAUUUCGAUUGCUCUGGCCAUUGUAUUUGUUAUUCCGCCAGAGGGUAAGAAAUUUGACAUCACAAAACCUCCGUCCAUUGAUCACGAACCUCUCUCACUCUGAUUGGGUAAUAAGAGAAGAAUGAUAAUCUUCUUACUAAAAUUAAAAUAGGACUAAAUGUGUGCAUAAAUUUGAAGUUGUUACCAAUAUUUACGUUUAGUUUUUCAGGUAUCCAGACUUGCAUUUAAUGUGUGUAUUAGGUUUCGUUGUUUUCAAUUUCUAAUUAAAUGAACACAACGGUAAAUCAUGCAUUUACACUAACCUUUGUUUUAUAUACUGUCACAUAAAUUUUCUCUAUUUCUUUAUCAUAAAUUUCCCCUAUUGAACAUAUUUAAUUUCAGUAUUUUUCUUGUAGAUUAUCUUGUGAAGGCCGGAAGAAUAAAACUUGCGCUUUUUAAUGUAAAAUCAGACGUACCCCACGAUAAUUUUUAAUCUUUUAAAAAAUAUA